CAUCACACUAGAUCAUAAAGCGCGAGUGGCGCGUUACUUUCAGCUACUUACAAAAAAUCAGUCAACAGACACGACAGAAACGGACAGCUAUUUGCACUUAUCAGGAAAUAGAUCUCAAACAUUUAGCAAACUUCUUAUCGCGCCAAGAUCCGCGAUGUAUCCAUCCAAUGCUCAAAUUUUGUGCUUUCUGUUUCUAUCGGUUUGUGCUGCUAUCAGUUGUGUAAUGGCAUCCGCCGUGGACGUAGCGUUAAUGCAGUUUUAUUUGUGGGGCGACAAGACAUCCACCAGUUUGAGCUUCGUUGCUCCGGUGAUGGCUAAGGCAGAAGAAGAUCUGGCGUCUUACAAAGAUGUUAUGAAUAUAACCAGGGUCCUCAUCUAUGACCGCAACGUGACAACAUGCGACGGGAUGGACCAGAAAGCUGCAUUCUGGGCCACACGCUAUUAUUACCAUAAUUUGGUUGGAAAUCCGGUCCUGGGUAUAUUUGGCCCCGGAUGCCGAACAGCUGCAUCUUCUGUAGCUUCCUUGGCUAGAGAAUGGAAUACUCCGAUGUUAACAAGCACAUUCGAAGAUUAUGGUUUAUCCAACAAGAAGCGUUAUCCAACACUAACCAACUUCUCUCCCUAUAUUCAUCAGAAUCUGAAUAUGUUCCUGUACAGACUAUUAGAUCACUUCGGCUACAGCACCGUGGGAAUACUGUGUGAUGAUGCCAAUGAUAAUUUGGGUUUAUAUGUGCCAACGUGUACAGGCGUAUUCGACACUCUUCGUUUGCAGUAUAAUAUCAGCGCCAGCCGAUUCUACGUAAAUGCUACGGAUGAGCUAAAUGUCAAGUUUUAUUUGGAACAGAUAAAAUCUAUUGCUCGAGUUGUCAUCAUCAUUGCCCAUGGCGACCGGAUUCGUCCGAUCAUGCUGGCAGCAUUGGAUAAGAAGAUGACGGAGGGCGAUUAUGUUUAUUUCGCAUUUGAACCUUUUCCAAGCAAAAGAUUUUUCGGUAGUAUUUCUUGGGAUACCGGAGACAGCGAUAAGCGUGGCGCGGUAAGAACGAUUUCCAAAACCGUAUCGCCAGAGUUGUGGAUUUUCCGUGUACAGACUCUGUAUUUGUCCUGUUCCUUAAAAUCCCUGGAUGCUCGUACGGCAUUUCGUUCACUCUUCGUAUUAUCUCUACGCAAACCAGAUGCCACGCCCGAGUACCGUAAGGUUACAGACGAAAUAAAGCGACGGUCACAAAGCAUAACCAACUACACAUACGCCGCCGGAGAGGAGGUCAACCCAUUUGCUAUGGCGUACUAUUACGCUCUCGGCAUUUACGCCAAGGUGGUAAACCACACUAUCGCGGCUGGAGGAAAUCCUCAAGAUGCGUAUUCAAUGAGCAAAAUGAUGUGGAACCGCACGUACACAAUUUUAGGCCAAGACAUCAUCAUUAGCGCUAACGGCGAUCGCGAGACUGACUGGACACUGAACCAGAUAGAUGUCGAAACCGGCAUGUUUUUGCCAGUGAUGGAAUAUUCUGCCAGGCGCAAAAUCGUGGAACCCUCUCGGGACCCAGUGGAUAACAGCACCCGCCAAAUUGUGUGGUACAACCGUGAUAGCCCGCCUCCUAAUGAACCAAAAUGUGGCUAUCGUGGAGUCAAACCACAGUGCGAUGCUAUAAAACCACCUAACCAAUACCAGCAGCUGGCUGCCGCUGUCUUAAACCUGUUUGAAGUGGUGAAAGGAAUGUUCUAAGAUAGCUAAUCUGAAUCUGCCCGGCUCCAUGUUUUAUUGAUUUACAAGUCUGGCAGAUCUUUUAGCCGCUGCUUUCUACUGCUCGUUCCUGCAAUAAAAUUUGUACGAUGUUGUAUGGCAAAUCAAAAUAUUUUUUAAGCAUACUACAAUAGUACGCUACCAUUUUACAAAACACGAGAAUUUUUUGAAUUUGGAGGGGGAAAAUGUGCCCUGGUCAGAACUCAACGAUAACAAUUCGCAUUUAUCAGC